UGUACGUGUGGUGUAUACCUGCACUGUAAAGGAUGUUGUGCACAGAGCCUGUAAGAGUGGAUUCCUUCAUCUGUAAAGUAAAAGUAGGAUUUAAGUGUCCCCAAUGUAUAGACUGUUUUUCCUUUUUCUGUAAUUCAAGAAGAAACAAAAAAAGCCAAACCCGAAUCAGUUCCCUUGUCCCGAGAUAGCUGUUUUGUGGCUUCAUUAAACUUGCACAUGAAUCUCCCUUCUAGGCUUGUGUAGUGAGUGCUUCUCAGGAGCCCAUAGGUAUGAAGCACUGGAGAUGUUUAUCACUUACCUACUAGUCACACAGUAAAAACUAUUCUUAAGCUUAAUGAAUGCUAUGACAGAUUCCUAAAGAACUUACAUAGGCAGUAGUAGUUUGGCCAUUUACCAAUAACCUAAAGUUCCUCGAAGAGUAUUAAAGCAAAAAACUUAAAUUAUUGCAUGAGGUUUAGAGCUGUGGCUCAAAAAUAUCUUUGGCUGUUGGUGAUUCUAAUACAUAAAACAGAAUGCUGAACUUGGGAUGCAGUGUGUCCCUUAAGCUGGGUUAGGUGGUUGGUUUGGUGGUGUGGGGGAUUUUUUUCUAUUUUUCCCAUUAGUGAUGGGUCAUUAGACUCUAAGAAAUAGUAGGGUUUUAGUAGCAUAAAACACAUUAUAUAGGAGAAAUGGUUGAAGGAAUUACUUUUCCAUAACCAAGAUUUAUUGCUCCAAGGCCAAGCCUCUGCACAAUUUAUGAGUGGUAGGAUUAAAACAUCCAGCACUGCAUGAGCACCUUUUUGUUUCAUACUUUAACCAUAUGUUGACUUGAAAGCCACUUGUUUUCAGUUUUCCUUUACUGUUACAGGGUAUUUCAGUUACUAAGAUCUAAUUGCUGAAAAGUCAUAAAGGUUUUAAUUUUAAAUACAGGUAUAAGUACUCCAGGCUUUAGGUUCACAGCAUAGUUAUUUGUUUGUGUUCUCUUUCUCCUCAGGAAGCACACGAGGAGCACGAUACUUCUACUGAAAAUACAGAUGAUUCUAACCACGACCCUCACUUUGAGCCCAUAGUUUCCCUUCCUGAGCAAGAAAUAAAAACUCUGGAAGAGGAUGAGGAAGAACUCUUCAAGAUGCGAGCGAAGCUGUUCCGGUUCGCGUCCGAGAACGAGCAUCCCGAGUGGAAGGAGCGAGGGACUGGGGAUGUGAAACUCCUGAAACACAAGGAGAAGGGAACAAUUCGCCUCCUCAUGCGGAGGGAUAAAACUCUCAAAAUCUGUGCAAACCAUUAUAUCACACCCUUAAUGGAGCUGAAGCCCAACGCCGGGAGCGACAGGGCCUGGGUCUGGAACACACACGCUGACUUUGCAGACGAGUGCCCCAAGCCUGAACUCCUGGCAAUCCGCUUUUUAAACGCAGAGAAUGCACAGAAAUUCAAGGCAAAAUUUGAAGAAUGCAGGAAUGAAGUAGGCAAGAAAGCAAAGAAAGCAGGCACAGACAAAAAUGAUAGUGCUGAUAAAGUUGCUGAAAAACUAGAAGAGCUUUCUGUAAAGGAAGAAAGCAGAGAAUCUGAGAAGAAGGAGACCAAGGAAAAAACUGAAGAAAAGCAAUAAAAUCAUCCUGGGCCUUGCAGUUUUUCCUUUACUUUUUUCUUUCUUUUCCUUUUUUUUUUUUUUUGUUUUGUUUUGUUUUGUUGGUUUUUUGGUUUUGUUUUUUUUUAAAUUUUUUUUACAAGGGACUUUAUAAGGAACACAGAUCAGCAUUCAGGUUGUUUUUUUCUAAGCUUUUGCCCUUUGGAAGGUGUCUUCAGAAAAAUCCAUUCCCCAGUCAUGAAAAUGUACUGUGCUAACUUUCUUUUCCAUAGUGGAAACAUUUAUAGUCAUCCAAAAGAGUGAAUAAAACAAACGUGAAAACAGCAUCAGGGGCAGAACUGUAAAGGCUUGUGAAUACACUUGUUUCCUUGGGUGUGAAGCUACAUAUCAUCAUUCCUGUGGAUUUAGCAGGUUAACAGACUUUUACCAGCAGGGAAGGUCAGGAUGCAUUCGUGUUUCUUGUCUGGCUUCUCCAAGUGUGAUGUAGCAGAGCUUUCCCUGUGCUGUGUGUGUGCUGGGCAGGGAUGUGCCAGGGAAUGGGGCACUGAGAGCCUUCCUGGCACACUUGGUGCUGAGCCAUCAGACAGGGAAAGUGAAGGUGGGGGAGAAAAUGCAUUAUGUGAGGUUUGACAAGGAUUUUCCUCUUAAGAAACAAAACCUGUGCUUCCCCCCUGCCCCAAAUUUGCUAAUCCUACAAAGGCUUGAUUCCAGCAGAAAGCUGCUGCUGCUGUCCCAGCUCUUCCACGCCGUGCCCCUCGCUGGCUGGAGGCACAGCAGCCUGUUCUGCCGAGGUGUGUGUGCAAAGGCAUCCAAACUGUGUGAGUACCUUCCUGUGAGGUUCCCCCUGUCAGCAGAUCCUGGCAGUUGUAGGCUAAAAUUGAAAAGCUUUUUUUUCCCCAGGGCUUUGGAGCUCACAUUGUUCUUACAAACUGGAGGAGUUCUGAACUUCUCAGGUGCUUGGUAGGGAGGCUGUCCCUCUGGGAGAGUGGCAGUCACUUUGGAACAGUAAAUGAAGUUGUACAAGCUUGAGGGACACUCUCCUUGCCAGGAUGGGCAAAUUGGAUUAACAACAAACAUUUGCAGUGAGGAGACUUGACCGAUUUCAAGGUAGUGCUAGAGUAAGAAGAUAAACUAUAGUAAGCAAUAAAAUCAACACAAUUAAGUCUGAUAGAUGAAAUGAACUUCGUUGUUGAACACUAAUACAAGGAUUGUGUUAGGAUAGUGAUGAAAUUUUGUAAUAGUUUCCAAAAUAAUUAAUGAAAACCAGACAAAACCUGCUAAACUGUAAGACUGAGUGAUGUUAAUGUUGGAUAGCAAGACCUUUUUAUCUUCAUGGAGAGGCUUUUAACUUGGUCAGGUUCUGCAGCCUACUUGAGGAAAAUAUAUUUUUAAAAAAUCAUGUUUUAGCACUGUCUUUUAAUGCUACCAUGAAUGAGUCUUAAAUCUGGAACUGUAAUUAAGGUACUCACUUCAUUCAAACAGAGUAAUUCCUUUGGUGUUUUGCACAUUCCCCUUCAAGUACAGCAGAUAUCAAAAGUCUGUUAAUUAACAAAGGUGGUUGAAAGGCAAAAUAAAAUGCUCCUUAGUGUUUCUGGUUUGGAAAUAACAAGACAAAGCUACUCUGAAGUAUUUAACAUUUGAAUGUAAAAGCCAAAUCUUUAUCCAUGAGUCACUGUAAAUUCUCUGAUCUGAUAAUGUCAAACAGUGUGUCUAAAUUGAUAGAAAUGACAUUUUAAAAAUUCAAAAUAAACUUAAAUUUUCAUUUAAA